AUGUCUUUCCUCGGAGGUUCAUCCGCCGCUUCAGGCGCCAGCCAAACUCAGGCCAUCAAGCAACAAGUCGCCCAAGAAGCCGCCGUCGCCAACGCAAGACAACUCGUCGAGCGCUGCAUCCCCAAGCCCGGUUCUUCGCUGUCGUCUGGCGAGUCGACUUGCUACUCGCAGUGCAUGGAAAAGUACAUGUCGGCCUGGAAUGUCGUCUCCAAGCAAUACAUCAACCGCAUACAACGCGAGGCCGGCGCAGGAGGCAUCAUGUAA